AUGAUCAAACAUGAACAGUCAAGAAAUAUUAAUCAAUCUAUAAGAACUGUACCAGGUGCACCUCUUGUAUCAUUCCCACCAGCACCACAACCACCACCACAACCUUCUAUGUUUCAAACAACAUCAGGAGUAUUAUCUCAACGACUAAUUGAUCCCAAUGCAAUUGAUAUAACGUCGUUGAAAGGACAAUUCGCAUGGGAAAAAUUACCACAAAGUGAUGCUUACAUGCCUGUGAUUUUUCGUGGUGAUACGAAAUAUUUUUGUGUUCGAAUGCUUCGUAAAAUAUUACCUGAUUAUCCUGAAGAUAUUAUUCGUCGUUCAUAUCAAUAUCAAUAUAGAAAAGCUAUUGAUUUACUUGCUGUAACUGCAUCUGAAGUUGAACUAUUAAAUAGAAUUAAUAGUCAACAUUCACGUUGGACAUAUUCUCGGCAACCAUUUAAUGCACUCGAUGAAUUAGUUCGUGUUUCGGAUUUUCUUCCAUUUUAUGAUCAUCUUCGUUAUAAUCAUAAAUCGGCUUCUGUUAUAUCAAGUACUGCAGCCCAUGCAUUACGUCAAUUAUUACCACAAACACAACAAACCAUACAAAGAUCGUCCGAUUAUAUGCCUACGAUGCCAAUAAUUAUACGUGGACAAUCAACUAUACCACAAGAAACACCCAUUCAGAUACAGUCAUUUCGUCCAUCAACAGACGUUUCUCGUGAAAGUAUUUCAACAACUUCAAGACCUAUAGCACCAACACUUAAUGUACCACGUCCUUCAAGACCAUCAAAAUCGAUUGGAAAUCCUUAUGCUGUUGUAUUACCUAUACGACCAUCGCAAUAUCCAACUUUUCAACAGCAGCAAUCAAUAGUAUCCUUGCCAAUGCCUAUCAACAAUAUUCAAACUGUUCCAAGUCUGACUCCCGUAUCAUUAGCAUCAUCAACGGGUGGUUCUUCGUCUUCCUCAUCUCCAACUAUACCAUCAUCGACUAUUGACACUCCUUCUUUAUCAUCUUCUGUUGUACAAUCAUCUACAAUUAAAACAAAUCGUAAAUCAUCUCUGUCAUCAACAUCAUCAUUAUCAUCAUCAUCAUCAUCAGCAUCAAUAACAACAACAACUUUAUCAUCAAAACCAUCUCCUCUUCAUUCUGGUUGGUUACAAAUAAAUAAACUUUAUACACCAUAUGUGUCAUCAAGUGCAACAAAUCAUCAUCUAUAUAAAAUACCUGUUAACCUUUUAACAUUUUAUGAUCUACUUAAAAAUACAAAAACUGAAACAAUUGAUUCAAAAGAUUCUUCAUCAUCCUAUAUACAAACACUUGUUACAUCACAAGAAAUUGAAUUAAUUAAUGAUCUUUGUAUAAAACAAAAUAUAAAACCAUUUGCUGUUGAUACAAAACUUAUACAAUUAUCAACAUUUUAUGAAUAUUGUUCAGCAAAUAUACUAUUUGUUAAAGAAUUACCAAUGACUGAUCCAAAAGCAUCAAUUUGUAAAGAAUGGUCAUCGAUAGUACAAAUCAAUGGUGGAAUUUGUCGCUUACGUAAUAUAACAACAUUACAUGAACAAACUGUACCAUUUAUUGGAAAUAAUUUAUUAAAAAAUUUUAUUCUAUCAUCACAAUGUUUAUCAACAGCAUCAUUAUCAAAACCAACAGCUGCUGAACUUGAAUUUCUUCAAUUGAUACUAUUUUUUAGUAAUAUAUCAAUUAAUUUAUGCAAUGCACAAUUAGUUGAUAUUGAAUCUGUGCAAAAAGAAUAUAAUGUAGAUUUGAUACUUUUAUUCAAUGAUAAAUUUCCAUUGAACGUACUUAAUUAUCAACAACAAGGUAACCGAUCAAGUGCAACAGAAGGAUCCAUUACAUCCACAAAUUCAACAGCAACAACAAACACGAUUGCUGAAUCAACACCUCCUCCAUCGCCACCAUCUCCUGCAACUAAUCAACCACAAUCAAAUAGUACAUCACAAUUACCAUUAACAUCCUCUACUAAUCGUUUUCAUAAAACAGUUCAAUUUCAUGGUCAUCCAAUAACAGCAUAUAUAUGUUCUGGUCUUGGAUCAAAUUCUCAACGUGAAUGUGUUUCAAUAAAAUCUUUAUGUAAUAUUCUUUAUCCAAAUUCUACAUCAAUAGAUAAACUUGAAGCAAAAAUGCUUCGUUUAUUACGAGCAAAAAAUAUCAAUCGAUUUCGACCACAAAAUCAACAAUCAAUAGGUUUUACACGUUUAAUUGAUAUAAAAGAUGCUGAAAAACAUUGGAAUUAUAUUGAACAAGAAAUGCAUUCAACAUUUACUGAUAAUGAAGAAGUUCAUCGUCGAACAAGUAUUUCAUCUGUAUCAAAUGAUAAUUUAAAGGCAAGUACAGUGGAGAGAGUAGAUAAUGAUGAACAACCAUCAUUGGAAACUUGUGUGGAAACAAAUAAAGGUGAAAAACGAUCAUUGGAGGAAGCAUUAGAUGAAGAAGAUAUACCAAUAUCGGAACGAAUUAGUAAACGUGUACGAUUUGCAGACAAAGAAAAUGAUGAACGAAUAUCUGAAAUAUCUGAGAAUCAAAUACAACAAUUGCAAAAUGAUAAAACAAUAGAUGAUGAUGAUGAUGAUCAAUUAACUGAUAAAAAAGAAGCUCAACAAUCAACUUCAACAAAAGAUAAUAAAAAACGAAAAUUACCUUCAAAUCGAACAAAUAAAAAAUCAAAAGCAGCAUGGGUCAGAAAAUAUGAUAUUGAAGAUUUUUGCCUUCAAUUGAAUCCAUAUGAUCCAAUGUUUGAUAUACAAAGAGAUUAA